CGGACACUAUGGAUUGUGCCUAGCCUAGCGGGAGAAUACACCGGGUAUUCACUAUGGCUACAAAGCAGACAGCAUAUAUGAGGGACCGUUCGUCCUCCCCUCGACAGCAGACACACAGAGAGUGAGGCCAGGGACACCGAAACCAACCACAGCCAACAUGCGAAGCCACCUGACCACCGCUCUGCCCCUGCUGGCCGCCACGCCGCUGGCCUCGGCCCAGAUCAACAAAUGGGCCCAGGCUGCCGGCCUCAAGUACUUUGGCGCGGCCACGGACACACCCGGCCAGCGUGAGCGCGCCGGUCUGGAGGCGGCCUACCCCCAGUACGACGCCAUCCUGGCCGACAAUGACAUGUUCGGCUCCACGACGCCCACCAACGGGCAAAAGUGGCUCUUUGUCGAGCCGGAGCAGGGCGUCUUCAACUUCACCGAGGGCGACAUCACCGCCGACCUCGCCGCCGAGCAGGGCAAGAUCCUCCGCUGCCACGCCCUCGUCUGGCACUCGCAGCUUGCCCCCUGGGUCGAGGCCACCGAGUGGACGCCCGAGACGCUCACAGAGGCCAUCACGCUGCACGUCCAGACCGUCGCCGAGCACUACAAGGGCCAGUGCUACGCCUGGGACGUGGUCAACGAGGCGCUCAACGAGGACGGCACCUGGCGCGAGAGUGUCUUCUACGAGGUCCUCGGCGAGGACUACAUCAAACUCGCCUUCCGCGUCGCCUCCGAGGCGGAUCCCGAGGCCAAGCUGUACUACAACGACUACAACCUUGAGCGGCCCGGUGCCAAGGUCAAUGGCGCGCUGCGUAUCGUGGAGAUGCUCCAGGAGGACGGCAUCCGUAUCGACGGUGUCGGCAUGCAGGCGCACUUUACCGCGGGUGGGGCCCCCAGCCUCGACGAGCAGAUCGAGGUCAUCGAGUCGUACGCCGCGCUCGGUGUAGAGGUUGCCCUCACGGAGCUGGACGUGAGGCUGGAAACCCUGCCCCCGACCGAGGAGACCCUCGCGCUGCAGAAGGAGGACUACAAGAACGCUGUCGCCGCCUGUGCCCAGGUCGAUGCCUGCGUUGGUGUCACCGUCUGGGACUUUUACGACCCCUUCAGCUGGGUCCCCUACACCUUUGAAGGUGAGGGUGCCGCGCUGCUCUGGUUCGAGGACUUUACCGUGCACCCGGCGUACAAUGGUGUCAUUGCCGCGCUCAAGAACGCCACGGGCCUGUGCGCGAGCAAGGCCAAGCGCGGCAUGGCGCAGCUGUUCAACGCAUAGACCAUGAUGUAAAUAGAUGUGACAUGCAGCGACGAAUAGACAAUGUAUACGGUGUCAAUAAUCAAAGAAUGAACAUGCAGCUCUUAUGAUUGGAAAUACGUCUAUUCGUAUCAGCGGUGAUCAACAUGUUCCACGAAUAGCGACCAACCCUGUCUUCUGUCUGCAGCUUACACAGAAGCUGGCCCCAGCCCUGGAUACAUCUGACCUGCAUUGCAUGUCCCUGCAAUUAGUUACAUGAUAAUCUGAAAUCGGAUGAACUUGGUGGGCAACCUUGGAUGUCCAUCGCGU